AUGUUGCGAUCUGCUUUCCGGAGAGUUGUUUCAAAAACUGCCUUUAAAAAUUCACUAACAACGCUUCGUCCUGGUUUUUUCGUUCGCGGUUAUGCAAGCGCUCAAGAUAUAUCUACACUUCUUUUGGUCGAACGCAAUGGUAAUUCUAUUGCCCCUUCUACUUUAAAUUCCCUCACUGCUGCUACUAAAUUAGGCGGUGAGGUAACAGCCCUUGUGGCAGGUGAAGAACCUGACAAUGUCGCCUCGGAAAUUUCAAAGGUCACCGGUAUAUCCAAGGUACUCGUGGCUAAACACAAACUUUACGAACAUGGUCUUGCGGAAGUAUACGCUCCGCUUCUGGUUACAUCUCAGAAAAAGUUUAAUUUUACUCAUUUGGUAGCUCCUCAUUCAGCAUUUGGCAAAAAUAUUAUGCCCCGAGUCGCUGCUUUACUAGAUGUUGCACAAAUUUCUGAUAUAAUUGAUAUUGAAUCCCCAGACGUUUUUAUAAGGCCAAUUUAUGCUGGAAAUGCUAUCUCUAAAGUAAAGUCAAAAGAUCCUACAAAAGUUAUUACUGUUCGAGGAACCGCGUUUCCCCCUUCCAACGUAGCUGGUAAUAAUGCUGCUAUUGAAGUGGCACCAGAUGCUGACAAACCUUCGAUGACCGAAUGGAUUAGUGAAGAUCUUCAGAAAGGUGAUCGUCCUGAACUUGGAAGUGCAACAAGAGUUGUAUCUGGGGGUAGAGCAUUAAAAAAUCGUGAGAAUUUCGACAAAUUAAUUUAUGGCCUUGCCGACGUACUUGGGGCUGCUGUUGGUGGUUCAAGAGCUGCUGUUGAUUCAGGUUAUUGUGAUAAUGCACUACAGGUUGGGCAAACGGGAAAAAUUGUCGCUCCAGAAUUAUAUUUGGCUGUCGGCAUCAGCGGUGCAAUCCAACACAUAGCGGGAAUGAAGGACAGUAAAAUGAUAGUAGCAAUCAAUACUGAUGCUGAGGCUCCAAUAUUCCAGAUUGCAGAUUACGGACUUGUUACUGAUUUAUUCCAAGCUGUUCCGGAGCUAACGGAGAAAUUGAAAAAAUAA